AUGAUUCCACAAUAUAAAAGACCAAGUGUGGAUCUGGUAUUUUCCCAGCCACCGAGUGCGACCAACGACACUAAGCCAACUAUCACACCUGCUGGAGCCGAGCAGGUCAUACUCAACAUCUUCCGUCACCUGGAUCACUUCAAUGAUCUCUUCGCUGCAGCUUUCAUUAACCAAGGCUUCUAUCGUGUGUUCAAACGCCACGAACUCGACCUUAUCAAAUCUACCCUGCGGAAGAUGUCGCCUCCAGCUUGGGAGUUCAGAGAAAUUGCCUUUCCUGGACACGAUGCUCUACAUGCGGAAGACCUGGAGAUGACACGACCGGAAGAGGAAUAUAACCCCACCUCAUAUCUUAGGCUUCAGAAGAGAGAUGUCCAAGUCAUCCGUACCAUAAAGUCAGAGAUCUUGGAGAAGUGCCAAUCCUUUAUUCGACCGGAAAUAUCCGCUGCGCUCAUGAGCGCAUGUCCAGCUGAGUCGGCUAGGAUUGACGACGCUUUAUGGCGUAUAUGGACGUUUUGCAAGAUAUUCGGCUCAGGCAAAGGUCGUGAGGAGGACAUCGUCGCGCAGAUGGACUGGCUUAAGGGUGGUAUACUAGUCCACCAGGCGACCUGCACAUUCAGCAUCAUGAGCACAGAUUUCAUGAGCGAUACAUUGGUUGGUGCGCCAGAGUGCUUUGGGCAAGGGAAUGAGGGUGGCUUGGCCGCCGAGCAACUCUUUGACAUGAUGGAGCUCUGGACAUGCCUUUCGGUAUUGCUACAAAAUUUUGAAGGGCGCACUGUCCAGGCUCGACAGGCUGGCAUUUACGACAACACCGAAAUUCGAGGAGGCGAUAUUGAUGGCGAAGAGAUGAUGCUCGACGAGUGGAUCUACCACCUUCUCACUUUUGGCCUUGCUGCUGUUCUUAAGCUCACGGGCCCAUACCACCCCUUGGAUCCCAAAGCUUUCGAUGUUGCGGCUGAGAACGGAUGGCUCAACUGGAAACCCCCGGUGUUUGAUGGUACCCGGCAACAUUUCCUCAAAGAAGCAGCCCGACGCGUCUACGAAGACAAGAUCGCGCACACAUAUGCCCAGAUAUCUAUCCGCGACGUACAACGCCAGCAGUCGAAGAUCCGCAUCCAGAAACAUAUAAACGAGCUGCAGCAUCGUAAAAAUAGUGGUGAGCAUCGGCCGAUGAUUGGCAUGUCCGAGGAAAGGCCUAUGUCAGAGUGGGAUACUGUGAUUCGGAAUCUGACACGAUCGCCCCUCCCACCGCAAGGUUCUGGAAACGACAUCAUUACUCAUGUUCCAGCGCUGAGGUCAACCUCUGCGGAGGAAGUGGCGACAUCCGUGCCUCUCCCAGCUUCCAGCUCAACGUCUAGCAGAACGUCUUCAUCGCGUCGCCGGAUAGUUGCUCAACCGCUGCUUCCAACACCGCCACCCUCAACAGUACCUAGUAACUACGAUCAGCGCAGCGUGAUUUCGAGCCUACCGUCCAUUGGAGAACAACCACAGUCGCCGCCACGCCGGAUAGUAGCCCAACCCUUGCUCCCAUCUCCUUCGGCAUCAACAGUACAGAGUAACCGCGAUUUGUACACCAUGGGCAGCGAAUCAAGCGUAGGCUCUCCACCCCGCCUCGUGAAUGGUAUCGCUAUAGCACAGGCACGUCCAUGCCUUCCAUUCUCGAAGACCCACUCCACCAUCCUCUUUCAGAACUACCAAGCUCGCCUCACCCCGCAUUCCGACCUCAUCCCAUGUCACAACCUCAGCGUGAGCGCCACAUGCGUCAAGGUAGCCAGUCUUCCGAAAGCUCCAGUUCCCGAAGCGGAGCCCUUCAACAACAUGAACAACAGCACCACAUCUAUGGAUCUCGAAGCCAUGAAAAUACGGCCGACAAAGCGAUAUAUCGAAUCGUGGAGAUGGGAUUCACAGCUGCACAAGCGAGAGAGGCGCUAA